AUGUCUUUUGUUGAUGUUAAACUUUUAGUUGAUCCAUUCACUCCAAAUUUUUCUUAUGGAGUGGAUGCAGAUGUUACUAGGGGAGGCCUAGCGGUCUUUAGUUGGUUUCAAGGAAUUGUUACUUGUUUUAUGUCUACUCCAAACUACAUUUUGUGUAAUAUUGAUGAUGGUAAUGGAAUUAAUAGAAAUGUGAUGUUUGUGUAUGGUGAGCCUAAAGUAGAAGAUAGAUCUAGAGUUUGGGAUGAACUUACAACUCUUCUCUCGAUAACUCCUAAUUGUCUCUUGAUUGGUGAUUUUAACCAAGUUGAUUGCUUACAAGAUAAACUAGGGGGUUCCUUAAUCAUAAAGGGGCUUGAUGCCUUUAUUGAUUGGAGGCUUCUUAAUGGUGUGAUCGAUGUUCCUUUCUCGGGGCCUCGUUAUACAUGGACUAAUAAAUGUUUUGAGAAUGGUCUUAUUUUGGAACGUUUGGAUAAAGUUUUUUGCACGAAUCAAUGGUUUGAGGAUUUUUUGGAAGGAAGAGUCUUGCAUGAACCGAUAAUAGUUUCGGAUCACGCUGCGAUAACAUAUGAUUCGGAUCCUUCUAGGCCGAGGUCCAACCGGCCUUACCAACUUGAGAGGUGGUGCUUGCGUUACAAUGAUAUUAAGGAGUUAGCUAGCGAUACUUGGGAUACUGUUUUGAAUGGCUCAAUUGAGGAAGGGGAAGAAUAUGUUAAAUUGGUUAAUGACAUUAUCCCUAAAUGUAAACUAUAUUUUCAUUACUGGCAACAAUGGUUGAAAGAUGAAUGGAUCAAAGAAGGAGAUUUGUCUUCUACGACUCUCUUCAAUAGGGCUAAGCAGAAACAACAACGGAAGGAGAUUUUGACUCUCAAAAAUGAUGAUAGUGAGUGGAUUAGUGGCCAUGAUGAUAUUGCCAAUUUAAUUCAAGGCGCUCUAAAAAAGGUUUUUGUUCCUAGUGUUGUGACAAGUAAUUCAGGUGCGGAUGAUAUCGAUUUGCUCUUCUGUGAAAUAGUUUUCCCUCAAUUGGAAGACUCUAAGGCAAGGGAUUUGGUCAGACCUUUUACUGGCCAGGAAAUUAGGAAGGCUAUGUUUUCUAUUCAUCAUCUCAAGUCCCCAGGGCCGGAUGGAAUCAUAGCGGAAUUUUUACACGUUCACUGGGAAUUAGUUGGAAAAUCUGUAAUUGAGGCUGUUCAGCAUUUUUUCAACACUGGUUUCUUGUUAAAGGAGUUUAAUGCUUCUCUCUUAGUCAUGCUGCCAAAGGUAGAUCACCCGGAAGUUGCAGCUCACUUACGCCCUAUUAGUCUUUGCAACACGAUCUAUAAAUGCAUUACGAAAUGCAUGGUUAACAGGAUGAAAGGGUCUCUUCCUUCACUGAUUACGAAAUUUCAACAUGCUUUCAUUCCGGGGAGAUAUAUGGAAGACAACAUUUUUCUUAGCCAGAAGCUGAUAGAGGAAUAA